AUGCAGCAAAAGUUGAUUAUUAUAUCAAUGGGUUUACUGGCCAUUGUGACUGCCAAGCCUACGGUGGCUGCAUCUUUGGUUCCGGGAGUGACACCUUUUAGGUUCUAUCCAGGAUUUGGAGCUCCUUUUGAUGCUGCUACAGCCUAUGCUGCCACUCCAUUUGCUGCUUCCCUGGGUAAUCCUUUGGGUGCUUCUCCCUUGGCCGUUUCCAGUAGUCAGCGUUUGGAUUACUUUAAUCAAUUUAAUGCUGCCUAUGCUCCAACGGUUACAACGCCUGCUCGUCUCCUGGCUAAUGCUGGACCCUUCUCAGGUCAAUUCCCAGGACCUCUUCCUGCUUCCCGUUUCAUACAGCCUGGUCGCUUUAUUGCCCCUGGAGUGGCAGCUCCAUUUUUCAUUUGA